AUGGCGGCGUGGCGUGGCAACCUGGGCGAUUGUCGCUCCAACUCGCACGACACUCUGCGGAGUGGCAUCCCCUCUCCGCGCAUCGAACAUUAUGACGGCGAAGUGCCCCCCGCUCUCUCCCCCUGGAUGCGGCCGAUUCCUCGCCCGCCAACUCGACGAGUCGCGCCGUGGCGAUCGCCGCAUGAGCCGCCUGCCCCCUCCAGCGUGGCUCGGUCGCUGUCCCAUGGCCGACCCCGAUACUUUCGUGGGAACUCGAAUGAGUCCCAAAACGACGGACUCGCCCGCAGACCGACACAGAAGAACACCCUCCCGGAAGUCGAAGAACCAAAAUACCGUCCAGUCUCCGAACAUCCUCGAUUCAGCUCCGUCUCGCACGCUAGCAGCAGUGGGGACUUCCAAGAUGAUGACUCCACCCCUCGUUCGACGAUGCUACAAACAAGCCCCAGCGGGUAUGGCAUGCCCCGCGCAGACUCCCCGGAGGAGGAUGCGUCGCUCGCCGGGGAUACCUCCGUCGGCAUGGCUGUAGCGAACCCCUCGCGCGACAACUCGACUGAUUCCGUCUCGCGGUUGCACAUCCCGCGCACCUUGGCGCCGCCCCAUUCCCCGAACUCGCGGCCGUCCAGUAGUGCGAGAGUGAUGCACCCCGAGCGGGAGAGCUCAGAUGAUGACUACAGCAGUUCCAAUGGCGGGUCAACCUUCUCGAAGCCCCGGAAGCUGUCCUCCAGCAGUGCGGUCUCGCUGCCGUACUCUCCCAUGUCGACAUACCCGGCGCGACCACAACCACGAUCGCCCUCAAUGAGCUCCGAAACGUCGAAUGGGUAUCUACCUCGGCCGUCGUUUAACUUCUCUCGCCCGCUCAGCCGAUCCAGCACCAGUCUGUCCGCACCGGGUCCAUCCGCGACAUCGGAGCCCACCACCGCUCCUCAGGCGCAGCAAUCGAGACAUAUGCACCGUUCGAGCAAGCCGACUCCGAUCCUUCUGCCCCUUGCCACAGAUGAGGCAGGGUCAUAUCCUCCGCAAGAAGGCGAGCCUUCUUCCGCCGUCUCUUCAUACACCUACGCCAAGUAUGCCCUCCCACGCGGCCGGGAGUUGUCGAGAGAUUCCGUCGUCUUUGCCGGCCUACAAACACCGCAUUUCGAAUGGAACGAGCCCUUGUUUGAGAAUUCCCCGCCUCGACGCUCAGAAGAGCCGCUACGCUCGACUCGCACCCCACCACCCCCUGCACGCAACGAGACGGAAAACUCACCCAAGCCCCACUCGAUGCACGAGGUUCCUGCAUCGCAGUCCAAGCGAGCCGUACCCGUCCCAGAAUCGCCGCCAAAGCCUCCACCAACAGCAGCGGCACCGGUGACGCCAGUUACGCCGCCUCGGCCAUGCACGGAGUCGACCAAGCCAAAAAACAAUGAGAAGGAUGAGACUGUCUCAUCCGCGGACUCAGCCAGUACCCUGCGUCCGCAAACUGCCAACACCCAGUCCUCUUCGAAGACUCUUUCCGCGGACGACCAUGUCUCUAUGGGUAUUGAUUUGCACGAAAAGGGAUCCUUGAACGAGUCGACUUACCAUAUGCGGAUUGCUGCCAAGCAGAACCACCCAACUGGCAUGCUGUUAUAUGCGCUGGCUUGCCGUCACGGAUGGGGCAUGCGCUCCAAUCAGCAGGAAGGUGUACGAUGGCUCCGCAAAGCUGUGGACUCGGUUGGCUUGGAGAUGCUGGAGAACCCCGAUGCUCCUGGCGCAUCCAAGGCCAAGGAGCUGCAGAAGGCGUAUCGGGCUCAGUUUGCUCUUAGCAUCUAUGAACUGGGUGUCAGCUACCUCAAUGGCUGGGGUAUCAACCAAGAUAAACCACUGGCUCUCCGUUGCUUCGAAAUUGCCGGACAAUGGGGUGAUGUCGAUGCCAUGGCGGAAGCAGGGUUCUGCUACGCGGAAGGUGUUGGCUGUAAGAAGGAUAUGAAGAAGGCAGCACGUUUCUACCGACAGGCCGAAGAUAACGGUAUGAGCAUGGUCGGAAACAGCUGGAUCUACAAAGAUAAAUAUAUGGCCGAAGAUUCCGGCAAGGGUCGCUCCCGUGGGCGCACUGUCAGCAGCGAGAAGAAGCCGCGCAGUAAAUCACGGACCCGCAGCAUGUUCCAGCGGAAGAAGUCUGCGGCAGAGGCAUAG